AUGCCCAUAAAUCAGCCCGGACAAGCACCUAUGAGUAACAGUAUUAUGGGCAUAAAUCAGCCCGCACAGGCACCUAUGGGUCACAGAAUUAUGCCCAACAAUCAGUUUGGAACAUCACCUUUCGGGUUUAGACUUCCAUCAGAGUUUUUACAGGAAAUGAUGUUUGGCGACACUACUGAUCCUCCAGAUCCCACUAAUCCACCAACUACGACACCUAUCCCGACAACACUUCCGCCUACAACUGCGCAUGUUUUAACAACUCCGUUACCAAAACCUCCAGUACGAAAUCAAUAUCACCAGCAAGUAACCAAUGCCGCUACAUUAAAUGAUAUUUUAUCCUCACUUCAGAAUUCUGCAGUAAAAGGAGGCUUUAAAUUAUUAUUUCAACUUCCGGGUUCUAAUUCUAGUAUACCAAUAGAGGUACUUAAUUCAAAAAGCACACCUUUGAUAAAAGACUCCAACCCAACGGUUAAACUUGCAACAAGUAGUCCUGAUAAGUUACUUCAUAGACAUCUAUCUGGCAAGGAACACUCCAACCCAACGGUUAAACUUGCAACAAGUAGUCCUGAUGAGUUAUUUCAUAAACAUCUUUCUGGCAAGGAACAAACUGCUACAAUUAUACAAAAUGGAUAUUUACCAGGCAUUCCAAUGCAAGCUGUGCCUAUGUUAUCACAAGAAAUGAAAAAUUUGAAAAAUGAUAACCGCAGGACAAUGCAUAACACCCAUCAUAAGCCGAAUCAGUUACUUACGGUCCAGCCAAUAACACAACUGCUACCAGAUGUUAAUCCUCAUCCAACUUUACAGCAACCACAUUCGUCUUUAAAUCCACAGACAAGUCAAAGUGGUAACGUUCAUACAACCCAAAGUCUUUCGCAGUUGAAAAUUAAACAACAGGAAAAUUCAGUCCAUCAGUUUGAUGUUAAUAAAACACCAGUCAAUUCAGAUACACAGGUGAACAGAAAUAAUGAUAUUCAAAUGGAAAACUUUCCAUCAUAUUAUGAGUAUGACUUAGCAAAAGCCAAAAGUGUCAACAAUGUUAAAAUUCCUUCUGGAAAUAGUCUCAUUUUGGAUAUUAAGGGAAACCAGAUUUCCAGGACGACAAAUACCCUGAAUCAACAUGGAGUUAUAUCGCAGUCUCAAAAACCAAAUUCAUAUUUAUCGAAAGUCGAAAUAAAACAAAAUCCGGCAACAACAACUGCUAGUUACAUAAUUAAUAUGAUACCGUACAAUACACAUGCUUCAUUGCCCGCUAUUCAACCAAUGACAAUAAAUAACAUUCCAAACUCAAACAGUAAUGUAAAUUUCAAACACACAGAAAUCAACCCUGUAAGGAUAAUGCCUAUAUCGAAACAGCACACAAAAGUAAACCCGCUAACAGACAGACUUCAACGAAUUGAGCACAUGGUGAACAAGUUAUUAACAGAGCAAAGAACUACUCCUAAGCCUUUACCUACUACACCAUUUAUAGAACCUGACGAAUUAGAAGGCGAAGAAUUACCCAUUAGAACUACGCCAAUGACGAUGACAACGCAAGGGCAAUUUGAUAGCAAUUCACAAUGGCAAUAUAAAAAUCCAUCUCAUCAUAAUCACCAUUCUCAUCACAAUGCACAUCCGAAUCAACAACAUUUGCCAAAUAUAGAAUAUCGACAACAUGUAACGAAUCAAUUCAAUCACAAUCCAAGCAAUCAGCAUAAUACUGCAUUUUCGAACCAACCACAUUUUACACAGCCACAUGUGCCAAGUAAUGAUUUUGGUCAACUCCGAACCAACCAGCACUUGAAAAAUCCACAUACUAACCAAAAUAAUGCAUUUUCUUAUCAAAUUCAUAAUCAGCAGGGAGGUCAUCAAUCAAAUCUGCAUUAUCAAGACCCAAGUCAUCGUCAAAAUGAUGUUAACUCAGUUAAACCACCUGUGUUCAGCAACCCACACAUUCAACAUCAAACAAAUCAGCAUCAUCAGGAGCCAUCCAAUCAACCAAACAUGUCAAAUAAUCAUAAUGGACAUCUACGAACUAAUCAAAAUGAACAUACCCAUCGCCUUCACGGAAACGAGGCUACCAAACACCAUAAUAUACCAGUUAGUCAUCAUGUUACACCAAAUCAUGAGACGAUAACAAGUACAGUCAGUCAUCAACAAGCACCAUCAAGUAAUAUACAAAACACAUCACAUCAAUGUCAUCCCAAGCUUCCUAAUUUUGGAUGUGAAGGAGUAGGAAUGUUUACGUCAAUGAAAUCAAUUGGUGCAUGGUGUGUCAGUAAGUGUGUACAAGGACAAUGUGUGGAAUCGGUAUGCCAGUGUGGAUGUUAUAUUAAUUCUAAAACUAAUAUCAAGAUUAAUGAAAUCGGAAACGAAAUUGCAUCUGCAUUCUCUGGAAACUCUGGAAAUUCUUCUAAUGCAAAUAAAGCAUUGGUAGACCUGUACGCCUCUUUAAAUAAAGAUGCUUCAAGUCAUGGUUAUGCUGUUUCUCCAGUAGAAAAGCAAACAAAUACACCUAUUACAACUACGGCUGCACCUUCUGACGUAAAGUCACUGCUAACGUCAAUCGAAAAGCUAAUAGAAUCAAAACUAUCACAUAUAGGAAAUUCUAACAAUAACCACGAAAGCAGUACCAAACAAAAUCCAAAUAUGAAGGAAAAUUCUUUUGAUCCACGAAAACCAAUAGUGACAAGGUCAGAUACAACUAACAAUAUUCACAAAUCGCAGGCAUCACAGGUCGUUGAUUGGAGGUCGUCGCAUAUGUCACACAAUUCUCCAAACAACCAAUGGAACCCCCAUCUUAUUCAUCAAUCACCAAAUGAUGCUAGGCGAUCUUCACAGUCACCAGGAUGGAAUCAGCACCAAGAUGUUGGUUUUGAAAGGCGGCGAGUAGAUAGCUGGCAUGCACAGUCAAACAGAAACAACGAUCAUAAUAACUGGAAUCAUCCUUCACAUCAUACUAAUCCACAAAGCAUGCAACAUCAUCAACGACAACAUCCACACGAUUCAACACCUCCAAACAACCACUGGGGGAAUAGUGGGCAUCGGCAAAACGGACCAACAUCGCCUAGAACGUGGCAUGAUUCACGGCAUUCCAGAAGUAGUGGUUGGCAACCUACGACAACUCAGGGGACUUGGAGUUUUCAGGGAAGACGACAUUGGCAAUCUCAUCCUUUACCAAAACAAGAAGGGAAGAGAAAAGGAAAAAAGAAAGGAGAAGAGGCUGAGGAGCAGUAGACAUGUAAACAAAAUAUUGUUUUAAAAAUAGAAGACGUACAAUCGUUGGAGUAAACCGCCUACACUGCGGGCAUUACGUUGGAAGAAGUCAACCAUGGUUUACUAUAUUGACCUUUUGUAUUUAACAACACGUUCGUAUAUGCUUAUUAAUUUUUAUAGCUUAUAGCUAAAUUUGACAGUAGUGUUAUCAUAACAUAAUGUAGUAAGCUUACGCUUAAAUCUGUGAUACUAUAUGAUGUCUCAAAGAGGUGCAUGCACUUGUCAACUCAUUCUGCUCCAUUUCAUUUCUAUUUAAUAUUUUUUGGGUGUGUCUUCUUAUAAUAAACUAAUAAAAAUGACGAUUAAUUAUCCAUAAUAAAUAGAAAAUGGAGUCAAGACAAGAUAGGAAUACAAUUUUGAAUUCCCUUUUCAAAAUUUGUUGAAUUAAUUAAAACAUUAGAUUGGAAUACAAUUAUUAUAAUUGUUAACAUGUUAAUUCUCAUUGAAUUUUUUUUUUUUAUUAGAAGAAAUUUGGAAAUUAGAGAGGAGCAAGCAUCUUCAAUGAGUAAACACUGUUAAAAUCUAAAAACAUUUAGACAUACACUUUGAAAUGAAAAUUUACAGAUUGAAAAAUUCGUGCUUGAAUUAACAUUACAAGGGGAAGCUUAGGUGUGUAAACAUAUGAAAAAUCAAAUAGGGCAUAAUUGAAAGCGUUAGAGGCUGCUGGAGCGUACAAGUAUAGGUACAAAUUGUAAAAAUGGUGUCUUUUAGGGUUGUGUAUUACGUUGUGAUUGAUUCCAAUGACAACAUGAAAUGCUAAUACAAUCGACCUGACCAAUACUCAGUUCUAUCCAAUGAUGUAUGUCUGAAAUUAAAAAAAAAAACAUAUUUAAAGCCAAAUACUUUAUUUAUUUUAUGUAAAAUAUUUACUUUUCUGUGCAAAUAUUUUAAAUGAUGUUGCUUGAUAUUCCUAUUUUAAGUAAUGAAAAAACCACUAUUGUGAAGAAAAAAAAUAGUCCUUAUAUACGUAAAAGGACUCUAAAUAAUGUAUAUGAAUGCUAAUAAAAUAGUGAAAUAUG